AAGCAACCGCGAAUUGAACAGUAGACACACUCUCAGCUACUCAACUCCUCGUCCUGGGAUAAACCCCUUGUCCAUCGUCGCGUCGGAAGCCCCUCGCUAAGCCGCGAUGAGAUCAUGGGUACCUUCUCCGCUCGUGGUAUCUGUGUUCCUCCUUUUACACCUCAGGUUUGCGCAAGCCGUCAAACUCGAGCUGCAAGCGGAGAGGAAUCCGAAACCUAGAUGUAUAUGGAAUUUUGCAGCUGCCCACUCCCUCGUCAUUGUCACUGCGAAUGCGCCGUUCGAAGUGGGUCAGAGGAUAGAUAUAGACAUUCUCGAUGGGUCAGAAAGAGGGAAUGUGUAUCUCUCUAAAAGGGAUAUAAAAGGCGAGACUAGGUUGGCGAUCACAACACACGAAAGUGCAGAUGUGGGAGUAUGUCUGAGGAACUACGUACAGGGCAGUUCCAGUGGAAAAACAAGUAGGACUGUGGAGCUGGAUGUGGAUAUUGGAGCCGAUGCAGUGGAUUACAAUGCCAUUGCGAACCAAGAAUCCCUGUCGAUUCUCGAAGUAGAAAUGAGAAAGCUAGAGGCAGUGACCAAGGAGAUCGUAGAUGAAAUGGGAUACUUGCAACGAAGAGAAAUGAGAAUGAGAGAUACGAAUGAAAGCACCAAUGAACGAGUCAAAAACUUUAGCAUACUCAUACUCAUUGGCAUCAUUGCAUUGGGUGUGUGGCAGUUGAUACACCUGAGAUCGUUCUUCAAACGCAAAUACCUCAUCGAUUAGGCCAGCCGAACGGAUCGAGGCGAAUGGCCAGCUCGUCAGCGACAUCCAUAGCCCAUCUCAUGCAUUCACAUACGACCAUUAUAGACAAUCACCAUGGCCACGCGACAGAAUCCCCCCUCCCCUUUUUUGAAUGUUU